UUUGUCGUACAGAAAGGUGUGGGAUGUGACCCAUCUGAGCAUUCUGCAUUUGCCUUGUCAACAGAUCUCAUGUAAUGUUAGGCCUGGAGUGUGUGUUGCCGAGGGAAUGAGACUACGUGGCAGGGACCUGGAGGAUUCCACCAGCUCCUGGAUACCGAGCGUCCUGGGCGUGCAGAGUGUCAGGCUUCGCCUUCGCCUCGAUCGCCGCACCGACAGGGGGAGGGGGCUCUGGCAACUGGUCGACCUGAACGGAGAGGCGGUGCAGAGUGGCCAGGGCUUAUGGGAUAGGACUCCACCCACUUGUUCACAGAGUCUGAUGAGUAUUCCUACAGCAGCAUCUGGGCAGACGGGGGGUGGAGACAUGCAGUCACCUGGGGCAAUAAGCCCCUCCUUCCUCCCACCCCCAACUGGAAAGGUUCCGGGUCGCAAGAGGGGACGGCCACCACUCAAAAGGCAUCCGGAGUAUCAGAAUCGCUACCCAGAAUCCCUCCCUCCCAUCAAAGUGCCUAAGAAGAGAGGGAGGAAGCCUGGAUUCAAGCUGAAGUCCCGGUUAGCGAUGACUCCUCUGGCCAUCUCCCCUCCCAGCAGCACUCCAGAACCAGACAUGAGCUCCAUCCCUCAGGACGCUGCCACUGUUCCCCACUCUGCUACACCGGAGGUCCUUACAGUGUGUAUCUAUGUGAAUAAACAGGUGAACACUGGCCCUAACCUGGACAGACAGAAAGUCAUGCAGCUUCCUGAUCAUCUUGGCCCAGCACGGCCCUCCGUGGUGCUGCAACAGGCUGUGCAGGGUUGCAUCGAUAGCGCUUACCAGCAGAAAACAGUCUUCACCCUGCUCACACAGGGCUAUGGAGGAGAGAAAAUAUCAGCCACCUUUGACGGCAAGCAGCACCUUUUGAGUCUGCCAGUGGUAAACAGUGUUGGUUAUGUCCUUCGUUUCCUAAAAAAGCUCUGCCGGAGCCUUCUGUGUGAGAACCUCUUCAGUGAUCAGCCAAUUGCAUCUUCCUCCUCUCCCUCCUCCUCUUCUUCAGUCCACACAGACAAGCAUUCAGAUGGACAAUCCAAGUCAAACUCUAUGGUGGAUGAUUACCACUCUGAAGCAAUGGAGUCCAAGCGCUAUUCUGUUGACCAUAGUGACACAGCCUUUGGUGUGAUGACAUCCCCAUAUGUAGCCUCAAAAUCCACCUAUGGGUUUCGCUCCGGUGCCGCCUACUCUGGGGGCGCUUGCAGACCAGCAGCCAGUCCCAGUGCAUUCCAGGAAGGAAACAGAAGUGCCUACAGUCCUUCCCCAGAGGCAAGUGAGUCAAAGCCUCCUCCAAGUAAAGACCCAUCCAGGUGGAGUGUAGAGGAGGUGGUGUGGUUUAUCAAAGAUGCAGACCCUCAGGCCCUUGGUCCACACGUGGAACUCUUUCGAAAACAUGAGAUUGAUGGAGAUGCUCUCCUGCUGCUGAAGAGUGACAUGAUCAUGAAGUACCUGGGACUCAAGCUUGGCCCAGCUCUCAAACUCUGCUACCACAUCGACAAGUUAAAACAGACCAAGUUCUGAAAUGCUCUUGGCCAUGCCCCCCCCCAAAAAAAAACAAAAAAACAAACAAACAAAAAACCCACCCAAACAAACAAACAAACAAACAAACAAACAAACAAACAAAAACCACACACAGGCAUGCUUAUUUCUCUCCAACAAACUUAUACAGACAAAAACAAACACACAUGGUCUCACACACUGAGACGGACUAUUUCACGAUAUCAAGACAUCAUUUUCUUGUUUUUCAUUUGUGUUCUUCACACACAAUUUUGACCCUCACCUACCAAGUGCCCGUCGACUUUUAAAUGUCUCAAUUAUUUUGGACUUAACACAAAUUGACAAUUCCCUUGGGCUUGUUUUAAAAUUAGUUGAGAGAGUGAUGAUGAAAGUUAUUGCUGGGACAGAGCUUCUGGAAUUAUACAUACUAAAGAUAGCUAUAGAUUAGAAAAUAUUAGAAAGUUAAAAAACAAUGGACAAAAAAAAAUCCUGCCUAGUAUGGCUAGUGGGAUGGAUUUGUCAUGAACUGGACCCAUACACGUUCUGAACUGUACCUUUCACACAACUUAUGGUUUUGGCCACCCUGUGGUUAAACUGAGACAUUGCAGCAGCUCCUUGUGACGCUGGUUCCCAUUUUUCCAAGAGCAGCUAAACAAGACUUGAUAAUAUAUUCAUAUUGAACUGUACAGACACAGUGCUUUGGAGUGGAGUCACAUCUGAAAUUCUAAUGUUCAAACACACAACAGGGCUACUACUGGUUUCAAAAACUAUUACCUCUGUAACCAGAGAAAUACAGGCACUGAUAUAACCAUGGACCAAUCAUGAAAUUCAGUAUGUGUUUGGAAAUUCAAUAUGCACAAGUUUAACCAUGUUUCACCGUCACAUGUCAUGCACCUAAAGAUCUCAAUUUUGUAUUGAGUUUUUAAGAACAUGCAUUGCAGCACACCAAAAACAUCGGCACAAUCCUGGUUUAACUAAAAGGACCAAACCCAGGUAGAACCACAGCAAGUUUCUUUACUGAAUCCCACACACACCUGCCUCAGUUCAGUAAGGUGCACAUGUUACAUAUAACACUGUUAUUAAAUUAUAGGAUAUUGGAAAAUGGAUUAGUCCUUCAGUUAACAAAACAUAUCUCAAGAUAUAUAUUACAUGGAGACAUCAUAUAAGAUUUUUUAUGAUUAAAAAUACUAAUCAGUGUCAAUAUUAUACUGGAGUACCUAAAUAGUUGGUGUUAUUUUUGGAUACUAGCAUGCUGACUCAAUUUGUUUUUUAAAACAGAAGAUUGUUUUGGCCUUAUUUCAGUGGGGGUUUUUUCUGUGAAGGGUACUUUUUUUCGUUGUGAAGUGACUCAACUGUCUGGGUUUUAGAUUUUUUGUUUGUUUGUUUCUUUUUCAGCAGGGAGCAAAUAUAGUGACGGAACACAAGUGUAAAGUCAAUUUUUGUGUAAAUACAACAAUUUCAGUUAGUAGCCACAGAUGUAUACUCUACCCUCCCGAGCGAUCAGCACCAUUCAUGAAAAUGUUUAUGCAGCUUAUGGCAGUAAGUGUCUUCCUGUAAUGUCUAACAUACUGGAGACACCUGGAGAAGAAUGUUGGUCCGCUCCUCCAUGCAGAACAUUUUAAGCUUCUUUGAUUCAGACUAUGUGCUGUUCAAAUCCGGAGACUGAGCUGGUCACUACUAAUAAUUGAUUUUGUAUUUCUUUAAACAUUUCUGUGUUGAUGUUCUGUGUUUGAAGUACAUUUGUUCAUCAGCUUGUUCAAAACUGUCUAUAGCCAAGCCUGAACCUCCUGGCAGAUUUCACCAGAUUUUGAGCUAAAAUAUCCUGGUACUUAACAGAAUUCAUGAUGCCGUCAAUCUUCUCAAGAGCCCCUGACCUACCAGACAGAAAACAGCCCCAAAACAAUCAAUGAUCCACCUCCAUAUUUUAUAGUGGGUAUCUUAAUACUAUGCUGAUGGUAUUAAGGGCCAAAAUGUUUGAUUUUGGUCCCGUCUAGCAACAACACACAAUAUCAACUGUAGCUCUAAUGACCACCACAAGAAUCAACUAAACAGUGCAACUGUGUCAGAUAUGUGAAACUUUGCAUUAUGUAUUAUUUUGACUACCUAUGUAUUUUUUAUAUAUAUAUAUUCAUUGCCUGAUUUGUGUUGGUCAACAACCAUCUUCUUUUGGAUUGAAAGUUUGGUUUGUCCCAUGGUAAUGGAUGACAAAGGGAUUUUACUUGUGUGUAACCUUAUAUCUGUACCCCAGGGAAACAGGACAAAGCAACAAUAGUUCCUGGCGAGUGAUCUUGUUUAUUUUAAAGUAUGACAAUUUGUUUGCAUUAAUAUUUUUGAGAGAAAAUACUAUUAUUUAAAAAAUAUUCAAAUAAGAAUGUUUUAGUACAAAAAAUAUUUUAUUGUUUGAGUCAAAUCUUAUGGUGUGUAAUGUUAAUUUUAUAUGACCAUUUUUGCUCAUUUUUGAAGGGUGCCAGUAAUUCAGGAGGGCGCAGUAUUUGAAAAGUCACAUAAGUCAUACCGUGCAUUUAUUAGAUUAGCAGUUUCAAUUGCACAAGAUUAAAAAAGUCACUAAUUUAGGACAAGCCCAAAUGUGUAACCUGCUUUCAGCUCAGCUUUACUGUAGCCAAUCUGCUGUCUCACUUCUACAGAAUCCUUUUCUCCGUUUUUGAAUUGCUUCAGUCUGUUUGGUCUUUUCUCUUACUUUCUGUGUAUUUUUCUCCAUGUAACACAUCAUACUAUAAUUGGAAAGAAAUUGUUAGUCCAGCAACUUGUGUUUCUUCAAAUUCAGAUUAAAACUUUUUUUCUGUUUUAGAAGGUAUGUGGUCAUAACAUGCCUGACACUUGAAAUAUUUAGAUAGAAGUAUCUUGAAUACUUAAAUGUACAGCUUCAAUUAGCUCCAAAAGCUUAGAGGUGCUGUUUUAAAUUUAUUAGCCAUUAGUGACACCCUUUUUAUUUAAUCAGGGAGGCAUCAUAGUGGCAUUGCACCUGUCCAGUUUUCUCUGCUUGGACUUCACUUCACUACAGUGUUUAUUAUAGCAUAGGUUUAUAGUCAAUCCAGUUUAUGACAAAUUAUGAUAUUAUUGCAUAGAGUGUGUAAUGCCUUGAUGUUAAAGGUUUGGCUCUGGUAUUUCUCUAAGCAGCCUUGUUAUUUAAACGGAAGUAUUUCUGUUUUAAUUGCUACAGCUCUGGAGGAGAAGUUCAUCUCCUUCUUUGUGUCAUUUUUCUAUUUUCACACUAUGUUGUGCCAUGUCAUUAUGUGUCACAUUUUGUAUAAUACAUUAUGUAAAUGUAUGUUUAUGAAUGCUAAUAUAGAUGGUCUCACCUGAUGAUGUUUAGAGAGAUGACUAUUCAUAUAUUAACUAAAAAACAGGCUGUGUGUGUGUGUGUGUGUGUGUGUGUGUGUGUGUGUGUGUACAAAUCGUUGGAGGGUGUGACAUGGACCAUCCAUUUUGGUGCUAAAAUAUGACUGUAUUUAAUGACUAAUUUUAUCCAUAUUAGUUUACAGCUGUUUUCCCCUUUAUUGAUUACAACAGUGUGGCUUCAGUGUUGUGAAAUAUUGUGGUCACAGACAGGCUGUGGUCCGUCUGUCUGUUUGUGGGAUGAUAUACAGUAUACAAAGAAUUCCAGAAGCACCUGAAUAAAGCAUUAAUGAGCACUUAA